CCAUUUUGGCCUGCUAAAAGGCAUCUUGCUAUUGUCAGUAUUAAUACUGAGACUGAUGAGCAGCACAGCGGGAACAAACAUGGAUAACAGAGGCAGGUGCAGAAAUGUAUCAGUCUGGCUGAUGGUUUUAGUUUUCCAGUGCUGCAUACAAUUCAGUGCUUCCUUGAUCUAUUGGACAGCUUACGUGGCAGUCAGGUACACAUGGAUGAAUAAAACUGUGGGUAGUAUGUGUGAAUGUGGUGUGUUUGGAGUGAACGCACCUGUGGAAUCAGCUUCUGGACUGGUAGUGCUUCCAAACUCAGAUCCUCUGGCAUGCUCGGACAAUACAUCAUUCACCACCAGCCAUGAGCAAUGGAUUGCCCUCAUCAAGAAAGGAAACUGUACUUAUUCACAGAAGAUUCAGAGUGCCAAGCAACAGGGAGCCUCUGCUGUGGUUAUUUACAACAUAGAUGGGACAGGCAAUAACACUAACCUAAUGGACCACUCAGAUGCUGAUGACAUAGUUUCCAUUAUGAUCGGCAACAUUUUGGGCACAGAAAUCACCAACUUGGUCAAGAAUGGCACAGAUGUCUAUAUGACAAUUAUAGUAGGCAAUGCACAUGGCCUGUGGUUGUGGGCAUAUGCACUGUUUUUUACCUUCGUGGGAAUAACAGCCAUCAGCUUGUUUUACUUCACUUUUCUGUUUAUCAAACGCAUGUAUAUAAAUCGGCAACUUCAUAUGCAACAGAAGGAGAUUAAAAUAGAGGCCAAAAAAGCAAUAGCAAAGUUACAAGUUCGGACUCUGCGGAGAGGUGACCCGGAGGUUGAAUCAGAAGACAUAAGCUGUGUAAUAUGUACUGACUUGUUCAAGCAUGAUGAACAGGUCACAGUUUUACCCUGCAGGCAUCUGUACCAUAAGAAAUGUAUAGAGCCAUGGUUCCUGGAGCACCCUACCUGCCCAAUGUGUAAAUAUAACAUCAUCAAAUCCAAGAUUGAUGACGACAGCAGUGAGACAAACUUUUGUCCACCAGUAAUGACACUCACAUCAGCUGGUCAACAUGACACAUCACAUUCAGACAUCCAGAGCAUGGACAGUAAGUCUGUUAACAGAACACAUUAUUUGUUAGUGUCUAUUGAAUGGGUAAAGCUUGGCUGUAAUUCUAGCUUUGUGUUUAAGAUGCGAAAUAGUAUGUAAAGGGGUUUGAAUUAGGCAUAUAUGAUUUAAAUUUUCUACUUCUAAUAUGAUUAUAUGGUUCUAGUAAACACUCCAGUUGUUGGAUUUUGAAACAAACUGGAGCUUGUUUGUAUAAACCACAGAACAUCCACACAUGAAUGCAUUAAUUAUGUCACCAUAACCAGGAUAUGUCAUAUAUUAGUGAUAUUUAAGGCUACAUUAGGCUGUUUUAUUAACAAUGGAAAAGUGUUUAUACCUUCACUCUAGAAGACAACACAAAUGUAUAAAUGCAUCUCUAUUCCCAUCCCUGUUUUAAACAUUCCUCAAGGGUUUAUCAUUUGCCACAAAACCAGACUUGACAGUUUUAAACCAUUAUAAAACUAUAAAUUGCUUUGUUUUUGACUUGGAUCGUUUAAUUUUGGUCACGUAUCUUAAUUUCGUUAAGAUUCGUGACAUGUGCUGUAUUUGUAAUUAUGGAAGUGAUCCCAGAGUCAACUACGAGACAUGUUUCCAUUUGCACAGA